UCCGGACGGUGCCUGUGUUAGCCGUGCAGCAGCAGUGCUCUUGAACAGACCUUUCAUUUCCACUCGCGGGUAAAUCUUCCUCUCGUUUAAGGCUGCUUCUCACUUCUGUGUUUCAGUUCACUGAUACACUUUCCAUUUGCCAUUCACAGUCGCACUGCUCCUCACUUUCUGUGAGGUUUUGCGGUGCAUCUGCGCUCAACUCCUCCAAAGUGCAGCUAAAACAGCAGCAGCAGGGACUACAUACAGCACACGGGGGGAAAAAGUCGCGCGGAAUGGAAGAAGAGGGUGAUUGUAAGUCAUCUGUUGUGACUAGUUUGGAUAGGUUGGAAAAGAAGACAGACGUUGAGUGUAAAAUAAAAUGGACCCAAGAGGAGGAUGAAAACCUCAAAAUCCUCGUUACUAACUUUGGAAAAAAGGACUGGAAAACCAUUGCUAGUUUUUUGCCAGGUCGAACAGAACUGCAGUGUAUUCUUCGCUGGAAGAAGCAUCUGGAUCCCGAAUCAUUGAAGGAACCGUGGUCCAAAGAUGAGGAUCAAAAGAUAGUAGAGCUGGUUCAUAGGUACGGCACUAAAAACUGGGCAGCCGUUGCCAAGCAACUAAACGGCAGGUUGGGGAAACAGUGUCGUGAUCGCUGGAUCAACCACCUCGACCCGGUAGUUUCCAAGGGUGCCUGGACCGAGGAAGAAGACCUCAUCAUCUACAAAGCCCACUGUGUUCUGGGUGACCGGUGGGCUGAGAUUUCCAAGCUGCUCCCUGGACGAUCUGAAAACUCGAUCAAGAAUCGCUGGAACGCCACCAUCAAACGUAAAGUAGAGAUGGGCUUUCUCAAAGGAAUCGCUGAAACCAUUUCCAUUGACAUUCAGGAGUUUUUGGACGGAGAGGUGGACUUCAAAUGCGACGUUGUCAUAGAUGCUGAUCCAGUGACGCCUGAACUCGUGAUCAAAGCGGGGACAGAGAACAUAGAUGCUCCGAAGCAGCAGAAGGAGCCUGAGAAAGCCAAACCUAAGGCAGCAGCUCAGACUCAACCCACUUCGGCGUCACGACGAGACGUGUCCUCCCCCAGUCCGUCUCUGCCCCGCAGCUCCAGCUCCAGCCCCUGCUCUGUUGUCGCACCCUCAGCCACACACGUGGACCAGAAAAGGUUUGGCGAGGCAGCUCUGAGGAUGAUCGCUGAGGACAUGCUGCCACUCAGCUUUGUUGAAGGGGCAGGCUUCAGGUCAUUCAUGGGUACCGUCUGCCCAGAAUACAGCAAGCUGACCCAGCGCAUCAUCGGCGUUCAGCUCUAUGAGGCUGUGGAAAGAACGAUCAAGCCUCAGCUCAUCCGCGACCUCAAGCUCUCCCUGGCCAAAGCCAAGAAUGGUGAAAGCGCCAUUCACGUCACCUGUGACCUGUGGGCAGGGGAUCAGUCCGGACAAGUGGACGAUCCUGUCCUCGUCGUCCAGCUCCACUUUGUCAGCGAGUCCUGGCAGAUCCGCCGUCCUGUCGUCGCCUUCCGCCACCUCAACCACAAAAACCUCAGCGCCGCUGUGGCCGGGGAGCUCGAGGGCGUCCUGCUGAGCUACGGCAUAUUCCCUCGCCACAUCGGCUACGUGGUGGCCAACCAGGCCAAAGAAGUCCUAGCCGGGAACAACUUGUUCUGCGACUACAGGAUAGUGUGCUCGUCCAACAGGGGAGAGCCAGACGGAGACGACAUCCUGGCCUUUCUGUCAGACCAGAUGUCGGCGCCGGCGUCGCCGUUUUCAGAGCUGCAGAUCGGGACGAGGAGCACGUGUGUCGCCAGGACUUUACAGACUGUGAUCAGGGACGCCCUGAAAAACUCCCGGGUGGUGGAGAACCUGCUGUCACAGAUCCACAACGUGGUCUCCUUCUUCAGGGGCAGUGCCUACUGGAGCGAGCUUUUAAUGAAGGAGGGCAACGUGUCGCUGUGCCCCUCCUCCACUAACUGUCGCUGGAACUCCAUGAUGCUGUCCCUACGGCGGAUGGUCCAUGAGACCACCUGGAGCAUCGUCAUGACUCUCCUGGCCCAGGCCCGCAUAGAGGCCACAGACGCAGCCAGCGCCCCCCCGCUCAUCAUGGUGAAGAGGGAGCAAGUGGUUGAUAUUCUGGGUCUCCUUGAGCCCUUUGAGGAAGCUUUGCAGGUGCUGCAAGGAAACGGAGUGACCUUCUCUUUCAUCAUCCCCUCCCUCAUCGGCCUCGAUAAGACGUUGGAGAGCCGAGUGACCAACUACACCCACUUCUGCAAGGCCCUGCGGACCGGCCUCUAUACGCAUUUCCAGUCUCUGAUUCACCAGAGGGAGAUUAUACUUGCCACUGUGCUGGACCCCAGGAUGAAACUGCAGCCAUUUUCUGACGCCUCCCCUUACGGCCAAACAGAGUUCCUAACGCCUCCUUCAAAGUCAGAGGCUCACAGAAUCUUAGCAUCGUUGUUAGAGAGCAAGAGCCCGUCAGCGGCCGUCUCCGUGAAGGAAACCAAGGAGCAGACAAGCGAUCAGCCGACUGAGAAGCAAGGCGGGUCGGAAGAAAGCCGAGCUGACGCUAAAGCUUCAACAAAUGGGUCUGGGUGCAGCUCAGAUGACAACUGUGAUGGAGUCAGCGAUAACGACCUCAAGCGCAAGUCCAUCUUCAACUACCUGCAGCCUCCCGCUAAGACGAUGAGGAUUUCGGAGCUGGAUUUGUACCUGUCUGAGCCCAUGUGCGAAAGCGGCUCCAGCCUCCUGUACUGGAAGUCGGCCUCUCAGUUCCCCCAGCUGCAGGACAUCGCCAAGAAGCUGCUGGCGGCCCCCGCCUCCUCCGGGGGCUUCGACAGGCUUUAUCCGAUGGCCGCUUGCAUCGUGAGAGCCAAGAGGAACCGCCUGGCGUCUCACACCACUGAGCGACUGCUGCUGUACAAGAACUCCAUCAAGGCCAGGACGGUUAAUCGGGUCAGUGGCGUUCCCAGACACUCGAAGGGGAAGUGAGGUUUGGGCGGAUUUUUUUGUCCACAUAAUUUACACUGAAAUCCACCAAGUCGCCUCGUCUCAGUAAGCUGCUUUUGUUUAGUUACUGUAAGGUUAUUAGUAAAAUGCAAUAGUUUUUUUUUUUUUUAUUGUUAGUUGUCAUUGUUGAGGUCUGUAUUUUUGAUGCACAUGGCAUACUAUUCAGUAGCCCUAUUUAUAUCUUAAAUAAAAUUGAUUUAUGUGAACCAGAAACCACUAUAUGAAGCAGAUUUAGUUCAAAUAAAACAUUUCUCGGGGUUUUAU